AUGGAUUUCUUCAGAAACAUAUUUGCUCUUAGAGAUGGAGAGAGAUUAGGAACAACAACUCCACUUCCGGGGUCAUUUCCUAGCUCGCCAACAACAAGCCCACAUGAAUCGAGCAAUACUAUAGCAGGGGAUUCUAACCAAUCUGCGGAGAAUACAGCAAAAUAUACACUUACAAACCUAGUUCUUUUUAUAUUCAGACUUCCACUAGUACUUCUAUACUACUUUAUGAGAACUUGUAUCAGUGGCUUAUCAAGCUUACGAUUUUUUAAUAGGCUGGGAAGUUUCUAUCAUUCAAAUAAUAAGUUUAUCUCAGAUAGUGAAGCAGAAUUAAAGUCAUUGUUAGAGGCACUCUCUAGCGAUUAUGAAGCCGUCACACCUAAUUCGUAUACGUUCAAUUCCCUUUAUGAUAAGGAUAAUGGAACCCUGGCCCCUACUUUCCUGAAGACGAAAUACCCAGAUUUGCUGCAGGGUAUCUCAGAACAAGGUACAUUUGGUAUAAUCUAUUUACAUGAUGCACUAUUAGACAACCCUUUGGAGUAUGUGAACGAGAUACUUUGUUCAGAAAGUUUUGUAAAUUUAGUGCAGAAGUUUCAAACAUUGUUGUGGUUUGGUAGUAUUCAAAGUUCAGACGCAUUGCAAGUUGCCAAUUCAUUAAAUAUACGAAAAUUCCCCUUUCUGGGAAUAUUAUGGUUGAAAAAUAGUGGUACUGUUGAAUUGAUUUACAAACAAGAAGGACCCUUAGAUGCGGGUAGUUAUAAUCCCCAGACAAUCGAUAAUCUUCUGGCCAAGCGAUAUCCAACUUUAAUCAAUAUACGCCAACAAAGACAAAAUCAAGAAAUGGAAAGACUAAUACGAGAUCAACAGGAUUCAAGAUUUGAAGAGUCUCUGAGAAGAGAUCAAGAGAGAGACGAGCAAAGAAACGCAGAAAUCGAGAGAGAACACAUUCAAACUGAAAAUAGGAGGCUUGAAAAGGAAUGGUUGCUUUGGAGGAAAGCUCAAUUGAAGCCAAAACCGGUGGGUGAUAUGACUGACAAAUGUAAUAUCGCUAUUAGACUUAAUGGAGAUAGACUGAUAAGAAAAUUUGAUUCUUCUUUGAGAAUUGAGGAAAUUUAUGCAUACGUCGAAUUGUAUAGGACAGAUAUGUUGAAUAGCGAUGAGACUUAUCAAAAUGGUAAUGAACCACCACUAGGAUAUGAGCACAAUUUUAAUUUCAAAUUAAUGAGUCUUGUUCCAAGGAAAGAGUUAGAUUUAAAUACAAUCAUCAGAGAUGAAAGUGCAAUUUACCCAUCGGGAAAUGUAGUCGUUGAACUUUUGUAA